CUUACCUUCUGACCCAAUCUCACAUGACGAAAUGAAACGCCCCAAGGGAAACCAAGGCCAACCACUGGUACAAAAACGGUUAAAAGAGAAAAAAACGAAUAGCUCCAAUGGAAGUGAACAAUCUAAUGGCGUUACUCUGAAAGAUUUUUUCAGAAAUCCGCCACCUCGAGAACCUGACAGCCAUUCCAAAGCAACCGAUCAAUUCGAACAAGACAUGGAGCUCGCUAUCCAGUUAAGCUUAAGCUCAACAAGUUCCGAAGUAUAUCAGAAACACCCCUCUGGUUCUACACCUUUUAAAAUAGACUUGCCAGAACCAUCAAAUUAUAGCGAGCUAAGCGGUAUUGAAACCAACGAACAUUUUGCCACCAGCGACCUUACACAAGGAGACAACGCUUCCCACUAUGUUGACAAACAAAAGGAAAAUGAAGGAAAAGAAAUUGCGCCUGCAUUGAACAACAUCAAAGCCGAGACCCAAAUGAGAUGUCCUAUAUGUAACCAAUCAUUAGAACGCCUUACACAUGAACAAUCACAAGAGCAUGUCAAUUCAUGUUUAGACAAUUCAGAUUCUAAUAUAUCAACGCCCACUCCCGAAUCAGUUCCGAAAGAAGAUUUUAACAAAGACUCUCAAGCAUCUUCGUGGUCUCAGUUUUUCGGUAACAUUCACUCUAAAAUCAGCGGGGUCUGGAGCUCUCGAGGUGACGAAGCGCCUGGAAUGCGUGGCAAUACGUCGACGAAGCAAUGGUUCGGCGAAGACAAAAAGGGUAAUGCUCCGCCCAUGAGAGGACCAAGGAACUGUCCUUUCUACAAGAAGCUACCAGGAACUACGUUGACAGUUGACGCCUUUUGUUACGGAAAAGUUAGUGGCUGUACUGGCUAUUUCUUAUCUCAUUUUCAUUCCGAUCACUACACUCGAUUAUCACCGAAUUGGCGUCAUGGGCCUAUUUACUGCUCUAAAGUAACGGCCAACCUCGUCAUCCAGAAGCUCGGAGUAGAUUCCCAAUGGGUCAAAUCACUUCCUAUGGAUACUGAAUGCAAAAUGGAAGACAGUGAUGUGACUGUAACCCUAUUAGAUGCCAAUCAUUGUCCAGGCUCUGUCUUAUUUCUAUUCAAAGUACCUCAGCCCAAUGGCAGGCAAUGUUUGCGAUACCUCCACACUGGCGAUUUUAGAGCAUCGCCAAAAAUGUGCUUGCAUCCACAGAUCAUUCAACCAGCCAAUCCUCCAAUCGAUAUAUUAUAUUUGGACACCACGUACCUGGACCCUCGAUAUGCGUUCCCAGCUCAGGAAGAGAGCAUAAAGGCAGCGUGCGAGAUUGUCAAGCAGCAGGUAUUAAAAGACGAUUCCAUCCUGAACAGCGACCCUAUCAACCCAAGCUUGGAGACUUUCUUCAAUUCAUCAAGGAAUAGAAGUGUGACCGAUGAGAGCUCUGGCGAUAAAGAAGAAAUUACAAACAAGGAAGAGAUCGGCGAAGCGUCAUAUUUUGAUACACCUGACGAGGAAGAGCUUAUUGAAGACUUCAGCUAUGACGCUGAUUUCAUGGACAAUGUCAGUCAGGUCGAACAAAACGGGUCAGCCAACGAGAGUUCAUCCUUCAGCCUUUCAGCCGACGACUUCAAAGUAACCAGUGGUGGGUCUUCGCCUGGAGCCAGCAUACCACAUAACCGAACCUUAGUGGUGAUCGGAACGUAUUCCAUUGGAAAGGAAAAGAUAUUUUAUGAAAUUGCCAAAUUACUCAAAUCCAAAGUCUUUGUUACCUCGGCAAAGCGACGGAUCCUUCUUUGCCAAGAGAACGAAGAGCUUGAAGCUAUUCUUACAGAUAAUGCAAAGGAAGCACAAGUCCAUGUUAUCCCGCUUAUGCAUCUCAAAGGGGACAAUUUAACAGCGUAUGUCAAAAGUUUAUCUCCCUAUUUUACAUCUGUAUUAGCUUUCCGACCCACAGGAUGGACGUUCAAAUCAUCUUCUGCCCAAACAAUGGACAUGAACUCUUCGAGCUUGGAGUAUAUCACUGGUCACGUACCCAAGUUUACCGCCAAGUCACUGCGACCCACGUAUUCAUCUCCGACUGUGACCAUGUAUGGAAUUCCGUACUCGGAGCACUCAAGUUUUCGAGAGCUCGCGUCCUUCAUUGGCAGUUUAGACAUUAAACGAAUCGUGCCCACUGUCAAUGUUGGGAGUGAACGAAGUCGACAAAAGAUGGGUAAUUUCUUCCGCAAGUGGGAGGCGGAAAAGAAAACGAAGGGAAAAAUUGAAAUGGUCCCUUACCGAGCGAUCUCUCACUGGUAGUAGCUAUCGCUCUUUUGUAAAUAUUUGAAUACUUUGAUAUUAUUUGAAAUCUCCCUAGCUUGUUAUUGUUGUGUUGUUAUUUUUGUUGUUGUUGUUGUUGUUGUUGUUUUGCUUUUUUAAAUGGCCGCAUACUCGUUCAUUUGACUGCCACACUGCUUGGAGGUACAAAAAUGGUUUAGUGCCAUGGUUGUCUGAAAUAAAAAUAUUCAGGUCUCUAUGAAUGAGAAAGAGUCCUGUUCAUAAUCAAGGAGUCUGGCUAUGCCGAAAGUCCAAGCGUGUCAUAUCAUGGUCAAGGAGGAUUGGUCUCGAUGGAACUCCCGGAGUUUCAAAGUGCAACCUCCGUUUCUUUAGGCCGCCUGCAGAGUAAGUGGUAAGAAGGUGGGCCAAGUUUGAGAGAGGUAUGAACGUGUCUCAUAAGGCAGG